GAGAUGAGCACCCUGGCGGCCUCUGCGAAGAUUGCGGGCAAGAAGAUCAGCGACGAGAGGACGACGCGGGCGAACGUGGCAAUCAACGACGCCAACACGACCAAGGCCGAGGCGUGCUUGCUGGCGGUCUUCACCAGCAAGAAAAACCUCGACGAGACUCGCGCCUGCGUGCAGGCGGAGAUCAGGGAGCUGCGGGCCGCCACAGGCAGGAAGGAGAAGAAGCUGUUGCACCCAGCGCUCCUGGACCGAGUGACGCGGGCGCUCGCCAAGCAGCAGGCCGCGAGCUAG